GUCAUUGUACAAUAUGUCCAAAGUAGAUGAGCCCAAUUGCUAAAUUGGGCACUAAAGAUAUUCCCGUUCAUUCACAAUAGCAAGUCACUUGAUUCACUGAAUCGUUUAGAAAUCAGAGCUGUCGAAACUCGAAACACGUUCGAUAAAGAAGAGGAAUUUUGGGGUUUUGUUUACAAAGACGAGUUCAGUCAAAUUCUUCUAGUCCAAGGUUAUUGGAUUUCUACAAAGUAUCUUUGAGUUCAUGAAACAAGGAAAAGUGUUUGGUUUUUAACGUUAUUAGUUCUGAAAAGGAAGGGUUUACAGGCAGAAUUAGGAAAAGUGUGAAACUUUGUUAAAAGAUGGAGCCUUUGUGGAAGUUAGCUUAUUUGCUUGAACCAGCACCCAUUGCUCUUAUUCUGACUGCCAUAGCUGUGUCAUAUGGAUCUGCAUUCCGAGCUCUAAACUAUGGCAAAGAGAUGGAGAAAAAUCGUGAUUUAUCUGAAGCAUCGAUCACCUUAGACAGGUCUCAGGCUCUUAUGAUUCCAAUAGUGAGCUCUUGCAGCUUGCUUAUGAUGUUCUAUUUGUUCUCUUCUGUCUCACAGAUCCUCACGGCAUUUACUGCAGUUGCCUCGGCAUCGUCUCUUUACUUUUGCCUAUUCCCUUAUAUUGCCCAAAUCAAGUCUCAGUUCGGUUUAGGCGACCCUUUUGUAUCUCGAUGUUGUUCCAAGCCUUUUACUAGGAUCCAAGGGCUUUUGAUGUUGCUAUGCGUUGGCACGGUAAUAGCGUGGCUUGUCACUGGGCAUUGGAUACUGAAUAAUUUGUUGGGCAUCUCUCUUUGUAUUGCUUUUGUGAGCCAUGUUCGUCUUCCUAACAUUAAAAUAUGUGCAAUGCUCCUUGUCUGCUUGUUUGUGUAUGACAUAUUUUGGGUUUUCUAUUCCGAGAGAUUCUUUGGCGCAAACGUCAUGGUGUCCGUGGCAACUCAGCAAGCAUCCAAUCCUGUACACACGGUGGCUAAUAGUUUGAGCCUUCCAGGAUUGCGGUUGAUAACCAAAAAACUAGAGUUGCCUGUCAAGAUUGUGUUCCCCAGGAAUUUAUUGGGUGGGAUAGUGCCUGGAAAUUCUGCUGCUGACUUCAUGAUGCUGGGUCUUGGUGACAUGGCUAUUCCCUCUAUGCUUUUAGCAUUAGUUUUCUGUUUUGACCAUAGAAAGAGCAGGGACUCCGGAAGCAUCUUGGAUAUACCACUUCCAAAGGAGGAUAUAUCAUCUCCAAAGGGGUUUAAGUACAUCUGGUAUGCCUUAUCAGGAUAUUCAGUUGGACUGGUUACUGCCUUAGCAGCUGGUAUUUUGACCCACUCGCCUCAACCAGCACUUUUAUACUUGGUACCAUCAACUUUGGGGCCCAUAAUUGUCAUUUCGUGGAUGAGAAAGGAGCUAGCGGAGCUGUGGGAAGGAUCACCAUCAAACUUAAGUGAGAAAACUCAUUUGACAGAAGUCUGAUCGCUUGCAUUCCUUGCAUGAAGUAUCAGCUUGGGCUGGCGCAGUGAAACCUGUAAAUUUACUUUGGGAGAGUUCAGCCCCAUCUAUUAGACAUUUACGGCAAUGCUGCCAGUUUAAAGUCUUUUCGAUAUUUACAAGGCUGCCAACUGAGUCUUGAGAUAGUGACAAACGUCGGACUUAUAUUUCUAUUACAAGUGUUAAUCUUUCUAUUAGUGAAGUUAUGUUGCGUUUA